GUUCAUUUUGAUUCAAAACUUUAGUUGGUAUUAUAUAUGAGACAUAUUGUAGCUACAUAUAUUUCUUGUUUUCUUUACAAAAUAUCCAUAUGCUUCCUUCUAAACUCAAAAAGCUCACAACUUUAGGUGAAAUACUAAUUUGUAUUCAUAAUGAAGCAUCUUUUUCUAAAUUUACAAAUAAGAAAUACUACAGAGCAUCUGUCAUAUGGGACAAGAACCAAGAGGAGGAGAGUAAAUAUUCGAAUAUACUGCGUCAAUGUGUGGAGACAUCAAGAUUGGAUAACGCCAAAGCCAUUCACGCGAAACUGCUGAAAAACCCAGGCAGUACGUCUUCGCUAUACUUACACAACCAUCUUCUAAAUGCUUAUGUGAAAUGUGGUGACACUGCGGACGGACUCAAACUGUUUGAUGAAAUGACUGAGAGAAAUGUGGUGUCUUGGACUGCUCUCAUUGCUGGCUUUGUGCAAAAGGGCUUCCCUAUUGAAGCUUUUUCUUUGUUUGCCCGUAUGCACCUGAGUGGGACGAAGCCUAACGAGUUCACUUUCGUCAGUGCCCUCCACGCUUGCUCGUUUGAGGAUAGAUUAAGCUUGACUAAUGCAUACCAAGUAUAUGGACUAAUUACAGAACUUGGAUUCGAGUCCAAUGUUUAUUUAGUGAAUGCUUUUUUGACGACUUUGAUAAGGCACGGUAGAUUAGAUGAAGCAUUAAUGGUUUUUCAGCGGUGUUCCAAUAAAGAUAUUGUGACUUGGAAUGCAAUGCUAGGUGGUUGCAUGCAAUUUUGUUGCUCAGAGGUACCAAGGCUUUGGUACAGGAUGAUCCACGAAGGAGUUGUACCAGAUAACUUCAGUUUUGCUAGUGUUCUUACUGGGAUAGCAGAGCUUUUUGCUCUUGAUUUGGGUGUGCAAGUACAUUCCCAGCUUGUUAAGUCUGGUCAUGGAAGUGAGAUGUGUGUAGGGAACUCUUUGGUGGAUAUGUAUUUGAAAAAUCGAAGUUUGGGUGAGGGUUUCAAAGCAUUCGAGGAGAUCUGUUUUAAAGACGUUUGUUCCUGGACGCAAAUGGCAGCAGGGUGUUUGAAUUGUGACGAGCCAAUUGAAGCGCUCAGGGUCAUUGGAGAAAUGAGAAGGGCAGGAGUAAUGCCUAAUAAGUUUACUCUAGCAACUGCUUUUAGUGCAUGUGCCAAUAUAGCCUCUUUUAAAGAAGGGGAGAAAGUUCAUGGCUUGAGGAUCAAACUUGGGGAUGACAUUGAUGUCUGUGUAGAUAAUGCAUUGCUCGACAUGUACGCUAAAUGUGGUUGCAUGGAUGGGGCAUUCAUGGUUUUUCAGUCAAUGGGUGAACACACUACUGUUUCAUGGACCACUAUGAUUAUGGGCUAUGCGCAAAAUGGAUAUCCCAAAAAAGCUCUUGAAAUCUUCCAUCAGAUGAGGGAGGAAGGGGCAGAGCCUAACUACAUUACCUUCAUAUGUGUGCUUUAUGCUUGCAGCCAAGGAGGACUUAUCGAUGAGGGAUGGAAGUAUUUCACUUCAAUGAGUGAUGACUAUGGUAUUCUCCCCGCAGAAGAUCACUAUGCUUGUAUGGUGAAUCUACUUGGACGUGCUGGACGCAUUAGAGAAGCUGAGGAAUUAACCUUGAGCAUGCCCUUUCAACCAGGUUUGCUGGUAUGGCAAACAUUGCUUGGGGCAUCCCGGCUUCAUGGGGAUAUGGAAACUGCUAAGCGAGCAGCAGAACGAGCAUUACAAGUUGACAAAGUUGAUCCUUCAAUCUAUGUGUUAUUGUCCAAUACAUUUGCUGGUUUGCAAAACUGGGAUGGAGUUGGAACUGUGAGAGAAUUGAUGCAAAGCAGGGAUGUCAAGAAAGUUCCUGGCUCCAGUUGGUUUUAAAUGUCAAUAAAGAAUCCUAUGGUGUAACUUUGAUUCUUCUAGCUUGAAUGAUGAACCAGUCGCUAACUGUCAAGUAACUCCCAAUAUAACAGUAAAAACAAGAGAUCAAAUUUUCAUCGUAAUAGGAUCCACACAACUUGUCAUUCCUUGGUUAUAA